UUUCUAUAUGUAUAUAUAACAAAGGGAGAUCGAGGGACAUCUAGAGGGUAUCAUGGAACCAAAUUCAACAAGCUGGGGGGUUCACUUUUGGUGCCUUACCGUCCAAGAACUAGCUAAGAAACCACUUUCGAAGGUUCCAACUCGAUACGUUCGUCCUCAUCAUGGCCCUCCUGCCAUUUCAAGUUUAUCGCCUGCAAUGACUGAAGUACAAGUACCCGUAAUUGAUAUGCAACGACUAGCAUCCAAGGAUUCAUGUAAUCAUGAAUUGAAGAAGCUGCAUCUUGCUCGUAAAGAUUGGGGUUUCUUUCAGAUGAUAAAUCAUGGGGUGAGUUGUUCAUUGCUGGACAAAGUGAAGGAAGAAACACAAGAAUUCUUCAAGUUACCAAUGGAGGAGAAAAACAAGUUUUGGCAAGAUGUGGGAGAUAUUCAAGGAUUUGGACAAGCUUUUGUCGUAUCCCAAGAGCAAAAGCUUGAUUGCGCUGACAUGUUUUACUUGAUUACCCUCCCUCGUCAUAUGAGGAAGGCGAACUUGUUUCCCAACCUGCCUCUUCCAUUCAGAGAUACCCUAGAAGCAUACUCAAGAGAAAUGAAGUGCAUUGCCUUAACAACUCUCGUCUUCAUUGCAAAAGCUUCGAAGAUGGAGGUUGAGGAUAUGAAAGUAUUGUUUGAUGAAGGAAUGCAAACUAUGAGGAUGAACUAUUAUCCACCAUGUCCACAGCCUGAACAAGUCAUCGGUCUGAGCCCUCAUUCAGAUCCUCUUAGAAUCACCUUCCUCCUCCAAAUCAAUGAAGUAGAAGGUCUCCAAAUAAAAAAGGAUGGGAGUUGGGUGCCAAUUAAACCACUCCAUGAUGCCUUCAUUGUUAAUAUUGGAGACAGCUUGGAGAUUCUGACAAACAGAAUGUAUAAAAGCAUAGAACAUAGAGCAACCGUGAACUCGAAAAAGAAGAGGCUUUCAAUAGCCAUAUUUUUAGGCCCGAAAUGUGAUGGGGAUUUGGGACCAGCUCCAAGCCUAAUCACUGCUGAUACACCACCAAGAUUUAGAAGAGUAAGUGUUGCGGAUUUCUUAAGGAACUUCUUUUCAAAGGAACUAAAGAGCAAAACGAACCUUGAGCAAUAGUAUAUAUGAUUCAUUAUAUCUGGGCUUGUACUCAAAACAAUG